CGAGAAUUAAAAAUGUUGGCAGCUCUUAAACUAGUUGGAGAACUGAAGCGCCCUCUUCGUCCUUUUAUCUCAAAAACACAUUGUCAGAAUGGCGCCUAGAAAAGGAAAAGUUCAGAAAGAAGAAGUGCAAGUUUCCCUUGGACCUCAAGUCCGUGAAGGCGAAAUUGUUUUUGGGGUAGCCCACAUAUUUGCCAGUUUCAACGACACAUUCGUACAUGUUACGGAUUUGUCUGGCAGAGAAACCAUCUCCAGAGUCACUGGAGGCAUGAAAGUAAAAGCCGACAGGGAUGAAGCUUCUCCCUAUGCUGCUAUGUUGGCUGCACAAGAUGUCGCUGAAAAAUGCAAAUCCUUGGGUAUUACUGCUCUCCACAUAAAGUUGCGUGCAACUGGUGGAAACAAAACGAAAACACCCGGACCUGGAGCACAGAGCGCGCUUAGAGCUCUGGCCCGUUCCAACAUGAAAAUUGGACGUAUUGAGGACGUCACUCCCAUUCCCUCCGAUUCGACCCGUAGGAAGGGAGGUCGCCGUGGUCGUAGGUUGUAGAUUCUAAAAAAUGUGCGACUGGCUGUGUUCAAGUCUUUUAUAUUUAAGUGUAUACAGUUUUCUUUUCAUUAAAUACUGAUUUGAACUAA